UCAGUUGCUAGGUUGUUACCCUUUCCGGAAGUGGUUGUUGGCCGCUGCAAGGCAACACCCCGGCGUCCCUGGAAGCGGGGAGCCGGGGUGGUGCUGGGGAAGCUGUUCGGAGCCGGGAGCCAGCGUCCAGGGUCUCCCGGGGUGGGGGCCAGGUGUUGAAGCCCACACCAGUCAUGGCUGGAAGACCCAUUCGCAUAGGAGACCAGCUGGUUCUGGAGGAAGAUUAUGAUGAGACCUACAUCCCCAGUGAGCAAGAAAUUCUCGAAUUUGCCAGAGAGAUUGGUAUUGAUCCUGUAAAGGAACCAGAGCUGAUGUGGCUGGCGCGGGAGGGCAUUGUGGCCCCACUGCCUGAAGAGUGGAAACCAUGCCAGGACAUCACAGGUGAUAUUUACUAUUUCAACUUCGCCAAUGGACAGUCCAUGUGGGACCAUCCCUGUGAUGAGCACUAUCGGAACUUGGUGAUCCAAGAGCGGGGGAAGCUGUCAGCUCCUGGUGCCGUUAAGAAGAAAGAAAAGAAAAAGAAAAAGGAAAAGAAAGACAAGAAGGACAAAGAGAGCUCCAAGAGUCCCCAGGCCCUGAGCUCCUUGUUAGCCCCUGUCCACGUUCCCCUUGGGGGCCUGGCCCCGUUACGAGGCCUGGUCGAUGCCCCGCCCUCUGCUCUGCGUGGAUCUCAAAGUGUGAGCCUGGGGAACUCGGUGGAGUCCAGUCAGCUUGGAGAACUCUUUCGGCCGUCACAGGGUCUCAAGGCUUCUGCUCUUGAGAGAAAUGGUCUCUUGGGCUCCAUCCAUGAGGACAAGAAUGCUCUCGGCCUCUUGGCUUUAGGGGAGGAGACCAACGAGGAGGACGAGGCGGAGAGUGACACCAGUGUCUGCAGCUCAAGUGAGCUUCUUAAGAACCUGCACCUGGACAUCAGGGCACUGGGGGGUGACUUUGAGUGUGAGGAAUCUCCAAGAACAAGCCAGCCAGAGGAGAAAAAGGACGUUUCUCUUGAUUCAGAUGCUGCCGGCCCCCCGACUCCUGACAAGGUCUUUAGCCAAGGUGCAGACGACAGCCUGAGCAGUGCCGAUGGCAAAGGGCGACGUGGAAGAGGGGCACGUUGGCUCCCAGAAAAAGAAAAGAAUGAGAAGGAUGAUCCUGGGAUGUCCAGGGAUGUGGCGGACCUGGGGGUGUACCCUGGCGGUGAUUGGCCUGCCGGAGCCAGCAGAAAGGAGGCACCAGAGGACCUGGUGGAGGCAGGAGAGAAGGGCUCUAGGAAGGAGGCAGCAAAGGGGCCAGAGAAGAAGGCUUCUGUCCCGAAAGAGAGCAGAUCAGAUGUGAGUGAAGAGUCGGAGAUUAGUGAACAUAUGAAGGAACUGAAGCUCUCAGACUCCACUGCUUCUGACCCCAAGUCCUUCCAUGGCCUGGCGCAGAGGUUGGGAAGAGGAGACAAGGAUGCCAGCCAGUCCAGCCAAGAGGAGCUGCAGAGCAAGCAGUCCAGAGGCUCAGAGAGGUUAUCUCCUCCUCUUCUGUGCGGGGAGCGGCUCCAGAGCCCCCUUCUUAGCCAGGCCACUGACGAAGGGCCUCUACAGGCCCCAGAGGGGCAGCCCGAGUGGAAGGGGGCAGAGGAGCCUGGGGAGGGCUCUGCGGGCAGCCCCACCCCGCCUCUUUCCCUGCCAAGGGAGGAGAUCCUAAGCCCACCUGUCGCCCAUGAGAGGGGUGAGGAGCAGCGCUCCCAGGCCGAGGGGCCGGGCCCUGGGCAGGAAGAGGCCAAGGAGCCCGAGGAGAAGGUGGUGGUCAGCCCCACCCCGCCAGUGUCUCCAGAGGUAGAGAAGAGGGCAUGCCAUGCUACGCAGGGCCACAUGGGGAAGGACUGGGAUUGGUCAGGAGGCGGAGGAGACGAGGAGGAAGAGCAUGACCCCGAGGCUUUAUUGGGGUUUUCUUGGGAAGCAGUGGGCAAGGCAGGGCGAUCUGCAGCCCCCCUGGAGCAGCACCCCAAGGUCUCCCUGAAGGCCAUGGAAGAGGCAGUGGCCCAGGAACUCGAGCAAGAUCAGAGGCAGCUCCUGGAGUCAAAGCAAGAGAAGAUGCUGCAGCUGCGGGAGAAGCUAUGGCAGGAGGAGGAGGAGGAGGCCCUCCAGCUUCGCCAGCAGAAAGAGAAGGCACUCAGCUCCCUGAAGGAGCAGCUGCAGAGGGCCACUGAGGAAGAGGAGACGCGCAUGAGAGAGCAGCAAAGCCAGAAGCUGUCCCAGCUUCGGGCCCAAGUGCAGUCCAGUGCAGAAGCCGAUGAGGACAAAAUUAGGGCCGAGCACGAGGCUUCCCUGCAGAGGCUGAGAGAAGAGUUGGAGUCUCUACAGAAAGCAGAGAGGGCCAGCUUGGAGAAGAGAAACAGGCAGACGCUGGAGAAGCUCAGGGAGGAGCUGGAGGCUUCAGAGAAGAGAGAACAGGCCGCCAUGAAUGCGGAGAAGGAGCGGGCCUUGCGGCAGCUGAGACAGCAACUGGAAGGGGAGAGGAAAGAAGCGUUGGCGGCGCUGGAGAGGGAGCACAGGGAGGAGCUGGAGCGGCUCUCCGCCUCGCUGGAGGCCAAGCACGGAGAGGUGGUCUCCAGCCUCCAGAAGAAGAUGGAAGAAGCUCAGCAGAAAGAGAAGGCCCAGCUGCAGGAGAACUGGGGCCGGGCGGAGCAGAGAGCUCAUCGGAAGGCUCACCAGGUGCUUGAGUAUGAGCAAGAGCUCAGUGACCUCCUGAGAGAGAAACGCCAGAAGGUGGAGAAGGAGCAUGAGAGGAGGAUGGACAAGAUGAAGGAGGAGCACCAGCAAGUGGUGGCUGAGGCCAGAGAGCAGUACGAAGCUGAGGAGAGGAAGCAGCGGGCUGAACUCCUGGGGCACCUGACAGGAGAGCUGGAGCGCCUGCGCAGGGCCCAUGAGCGGGAGCUGGAGAUAGUGCGCCAGGAGCAGGACCGGCAGCUCGAGGACCUGCGGCGAAGGCACCGGGAACAGGAAAGGAAACUCCAAGAUUUAGAGGUGGAACUUGAAACCAGAACCAAGGACGUCAAGGCCAGAUUGGCUCAGCUGGAUGUUCAGGAGGCAUCCGCCCGAAAGGAGAAGCAGCAGCUCCUCGAUGUGCAGAGGCAGGUUGCACUGGAGAGUGAGGAAGCCACAGCCACCCAUCAGCACCUGGAGGAGGCAAAGAGGGAACACACCCAUCUGUUCGAGUCAAACCGGCAGCUCCGAAAAAUUCUCGAUGAGCUUCAGGCCCGCAAGUUGGACCUGGAGUCCCAGGUGGAUCGGCUGCAGAAGCACGUCAGCCACCUGGAGGCCCAAGUUCAGAGGAAGCAGGACUUGUUGAAGGAGCUGGCCUUAGAGGAGAGUAAUGCUUCCCCACAGUUGGAGCCCGACCUCCGCAUUGAGGACCUGAGGAAAUCCCUUGGGCCGAACCAGACUAAAGCGUUAUCCUCUUCCUUCUGCCAGAGCAAAGAGACCAGCUUGUCCUUGGACAGCUUCCAGCACUACCUCUCUGCCGAGGGGCUGGCCCUCCGCAGCGCCAAGGAGUUCCUGGUGCGGCAGACGCGCUCCAUGCGGAGGCGGCAGACGGCUCUGAAGGCCGCACAGCAGCACUGGCACCAUGAGCUGGCCAGUGCUCAGGAGGCAGCCAAAGACCCGGCAGGCACCAUGGCCCUGGAGGAGGAGACCAGGCACCUGGAUGAGAUGAGGUCGGCCGUGCGGAAGGGCCAUGACCUGCUGAAGAAGAAGGAGGAGAAGCUGCAUCAGCUGGAGUCGUCUCUCCGGGAGGAGGAUGCAGAUGAGGACAUGCUGAGAGGAACCCCCGCCAAGAAGGUGGUAACCUUUGACCUCAGCGACCUGGAAGACGGGAGCAGUGAGAGUUCCGAAUCUUGCUCCCUGCCUGGCCCCGGCCUGACCCCGCGUCCCACCCUCCCUAACAAGAUCCACUACCUGAGCAGCUCCCUGCAGCAGAUCAGCAGCCAGCUCAAUGGUGUCCUCAGUGUGCUGGGCAGCCUCGACCCCGAGUCGCCACUGCCUGUGCCACUCUCAGCCCAGGCCUCCAGGGGCACCUCCGUCCCCUCCUCCCCCUCCCUGGCCCAGGUCUCAGCCUCGCCCCUGGCUCCACCCACGCCCACCCAAUGGGCCUGGGACCCGGGGCUGGGCCCCAGGCUCUCCUGCUCCGUGGCUCAGUCUGUGGACGACUUCUUGGUGGAGAAGUGGCGCAAGUAUUUUCCGACUGGCAUCCCCUCCCUCAGCACCGGCCCCGCCCACCUGGAGAACAGGCUGGGGUAUGUGUCUGCCAGUGAGCAGCUCCGCCUCCUGCAGCGCCCCCACUCCCAAGUCCCCAACCUGGGCAGCACCAACUUCCAGCACAUGCUUGAGGCUAACCGAAAGUGGCUAGAACAUUACAAGGAAGACCCCAAGUUACAUCUCUUCUCCUCAGUGCCCAGGCCGACAGCUGGUUCCAGCCUCCUGCAGCUGGGCCUGGAUGAGAACAGACUGAAGGUGUAUCGCUACUGAGGCCCUAUGCCGCCGGCAGGCAGCCUGGCCUCUCCUGCACCCAGACCACGUGCUCGAGGCACUGCCUGCACUUUAUUCCCUCUGAAAAGCAUCCUCCUGUCCCCCGCUUUGCUGCUCAUCUCACUCAGAAUGUAGAGGAACGACAGGGGCCCGGGAAAAAGGGACGGCAUGACUGGAAUCAGCUGCCCCCGAGACCAUGUAGCAUAGCUCGGGCUGCCCCGGGGACUUUGUGAACUCCUGGCAACUCGGACCUGCGGUGGGGGGACGGGGCGCUUUUAGGAGGCAGCGGCAGCGGCACCAGAGGAGCUGCCUACCGAGGCCGGGGGACUCCCUCGGGAGCAGUGUUGGGCUCUUGGACUUGCAGGGCCUGCUCAGGACUCUCAAGGUCAAGUGGGACCUUGGGUGUGAUCCUUAAUUCGCCAGAACAGAGGCCCCCAGCUGGAGGACCAGGCCCUCUCUUUUCAGUACCUCAGCAUUUUUCUUUUUCUAAUGUCCCCUUCCUUGAGCGCUCUGUCUCUCCUAUCUCAGGAUCGGGCCCAGAGUUCUGCGGGAGGUUGCUGGAGGCAGGCCAGGAAGUCUUGCCACCUGUCUGCUGGCCCUGGGCUGUCCUCAGGGGCACUCCCUCCCCUGCUAGAUUCUCAGGGCUCAAGCACCCAACUCUCAGGAAGCCAACAAGCCGUAGGAAGACUGGGACAGCCUCUAGUUCCCUUCUUGGCCCACCUUGGGGGUGUUCUUGGGUUGUUUCCAUGGAUCUUUGCUACCCCCACCCCAUCCCCCUGCCACCCCUUCUUGGAACCUGUUCUGAAGGAGGUGAGGGACUGGGCCUGGCUUGGCGGGACGGGAUCUUGUGCCAGUUGGAGCCAUUCUGGCACAGCACCCUGCCGUCCCACUUCCCAUCACCAGGCUCCUGAGGGGACUUGCAGGGGAUGUCCAAUAUCUAUCCCAUUGUUUAAAUAAAAUGCCCCCAUUUUUCUUGUCUUGAAAGCUGUGGGCUUGCCCCUGCCUCUUCAGUGCAUAGAAGCCACCUCUCCAGCAGCCCUUGUUUCUUUGCCAUGGAUCCAGUUGGCUUGUUUACCCCUCAGAUACUUUUUUGAUGUCAGUCCACCACAUAGAAGGUCCGUUUUGUUAUUUGGUUCAUCCUAAUGUGUUACAACCGACUCUGGUGACAAUCCUGUGUUUUCUACAUCGAUUAAAUCUCUGCAGGUCCAUUUGCUACAAGGCA